CGUCGGCGGAGGUUAAGUCCGGGUCUGAGGAGAUCUCGCACGUGCGGUUCUUUGGGGUCUAUGAUGGGCACGGGGGAUCUCAGGUGGCUAGAUUUUGUGCACACCGGGUUCAUGAGGUAGUGGCAAAGAAGUGGGAGAAUUUCAAUGGUGAAGAGGGGUGGAAGAGAAGAUGGGAGGUGGCAUUUUGUGAUGGGUUUGAGAUGGUUGAUGAUGAGAUCAUAAGUGAGUCUGUAGCCCCAGAUGUAAUUGGAUCUACUGCUGUGGCUGUUGUGAUAUCAGGAUGUCAGAUUAUUGCUUCCAAUUGUGGUGACUCAAGGGCCAUUCUUUGCCGUCAUAAUCAGACUAUCCAGUUAACAGUUGAUCAUAAGCCUGACAGAGAGGAUGAGCUUCAAAGAAUCGAAAAUGAGGGAGGAAGAGUCAUAAAUUGGCAGGGGGCCAGAGUAAUGGGAGUUUUGGCAAUGUCAAGAUCGAUAGGUGAUCGAUAUAUGAGACCAUGGAUAAUUCCAGUUCCAGAAGUGAGUUUCAUGUCACGAAGCGAAGAUGAUGAGUGUUUGAUUUUGGCAAGCGACGGAUUGUGGGAUGUGAUUUCUAACUGCGAAGCUGGUGAAGUAGCUUGUCGCCUUCUGAAGAGGCACCGAAAAAAUGGAGUGGUGGAUGAAGUGUUGGUAUCCCCUGCACAGGCUGUUGCUGAUUACCUCGUUAAGUUGGCUUACAGGAAGAACAGUUCUGAUAACAUUUCUGUAAUUGUAGUGGAUUUGGGAUCUGAUGAUAGAAACUAGCCUUUAGACAGUGAAAAUAUGUAGAGCGUCAUAUUAGUUGACGUGCGGUUAUUCUCUCUCUCCCUCUCUCCCUCUCUCUCUGUUUUUUGGUCCGAGAGGUAUGUCAUUUGUACUCCUUGACUGUUGGCAGGAUAGUUGUCAGAAGUGUACAUCAAAUGUUUGAUUUCGUAAGUGGUGACAGCUUUGUUAGGAUUUCGGGAGCGGAGGUUUUUAGAAAUGUUGUUUUUGUUCUGGGCUUGUUGCGUUGAGGGCGAAGUUAGCGUGCAGAGCCUCAUCUCUUCUCCGAGCUGCUACACCUCGAUGAUCUCUUACACCCAGCGCAGUGCACUUGAGCUUCAACCUUAACGCAAAGCAGCAUCAAUUCAUUCCGCCCGUCGUCCCUCAUUCAGCUGAGGCGCAGAUUUGUACUUGAAAGACUUGCCAGUAGUGGUGGUCAGACUUGCCAGUAGUGGUGGUCAGUAGACAUAAAUCUCGUACGAGCGAUGUAAAGCUGGUAAUGCCUCCGGUGCGGAAACCCAUCUCUUGGUCUCUUUAGCAGAUUAGGCUCAUCAUUCCCAAAGUGCAAAUGUUUUCAAGAAUAAUCCAAUCAGCAACUUUCCGUGGUUCGCUGCAAUUGGACGCAUCCUUGUUUGCAUUUUUUUUGGGAGGGAUGUUUUUGUAACUGAAGUUACGAAAAGACUACAGUUGUAAUGAAACAGUAGUUAACAACUACGAAGUUACAUGUGAAUUUAGCGUGGCUUUUUAUGCUCCGUUACGGUAUAUAAUUUGUUUUAGAUGCUAGCCCUUUA